AUGGCUCGUUAUCGUGGACCCCGAGUGAAAAUUGUACGCCGUCUUGGAGAACUCCCUGGAUUAACUUCAAAAGUACCUAACCGUACUUACCCAGCGGGGCAGCAUGGACCUUCGGCAGGUAUGCAGAAAAUGUCACAGUACCGUGUACGUUUACAAGAGAAGCAAAAGUUACGUUUCAACUAUGGUGUAAGUGAAAGCCAACUUUUAAAAUAUGUUCGACGUGCUCGACGUGCGAAAGGAUCAAGUGGUGAAAUUUUACUCCAACUCCUUGAGAUGCGUUUAGAUAACACAGUCUUCCGCCUUGGUUUUGCACCAAGUAUUCGUGCGGCUCGCCAAUAUGUCUCACACGGACUUAUUACUGUAAAUGGGAAAGCCCUUACGAUUCCAAGUUACCAUUGUGUAACAAACGAUACAAUUUCAAGUACGGCCGCGCCAAUUCUUGAAUACAGUAAAACGUUUGGUGGUGAAAUUCCAUCGCACCUCAAACUUGAAAAUGGUAAAGGAACAGUUCAACGACCAAUUACACGUUCACAAAUUGCUUUAACAAUUAAUGAAUUAUUAAUUGUAGAGUACUACUCACGUAAAGGAUAA